AGGGGGCGGGGCGUGGGGGCUACCAGACGGCGCUAGCUAAGGACUACCGCGUGCUGUCGGCGCUGCCGCCCCUGGCCAGGCCUAGCCGCCCACCACGUGCCUGCCCCGCCUGGGCCGGCCUGGUGAAGGAGCUCGCCCAGCCGGAGAAAGGAGAGGAGUGCCCGGCGCUUGAGGAGCCGACGGUGCUGUUGGCGUCCCCCCUGGCGCUGUCCGGCAGCCACGCCGGCCUGGCGCGGAGACUCCCGCCGGUGCACGCACGCGAGAUGGAGCUGGCGAGGCAGAGGCACUUGCGACGUCCACGUGCCGCUUACUCCCUGGACCUGCUGGUGACGGACGCCUGCCGCUACUCGUUUUGCUCCAUCGUGCAGCGCGUCAACGCCAGCGACAGCUACUCAACGCCACUCGUUUUCCUCACGCCCGGGGACAAGCUGCACGUGCAGGUGGAGCUGGUGACGGGGGAAGCCUCCGCAGUGCAGACGACGUUCCGCCUGCCGCUGAAGCAGUGGGUCCGCCUGCACCUGGCACUCGACGAUCGGCAGAUGACCAUAUCCAUCGCGUAUGGGAAUCACUUGGAAUUUUCUAAAGAUAUGGUUCACUUCUGGCCACGUUCCGUGUCCCAUGACGACACGGCGGGGCUCCUCAUGGUCGGAGGGGGGCAGCACACGCAAGGCAUUGUGGGAUACGUCAGUCGCGUCCGCCUGUACCGCACCCGCAGCGUCCCCAUGGAAACGGACGGGUGGCUGGACCCAGUGGAGCGUGACAUUGCGACGUUUGAGAACUCCUGCCAGCAGCUCCACCUUGCACUCCCCUCACUGCAGCAGCAGCAGCAGCAGCAACAACACGUGGACACUCACCCAGCCACUAGCCACGGCAGCUGCCCGGACGCCUACGCCCGCCUGUUCGCUCGCAGGACCCCGCCGGGGACAUGUGACGCGCGGGAGCCAAUUGCCAAGCGGCACAAGGCCCUGGUCGCCCUGCUCGGUCGCCGGGCCUACGGUCGCCGUGGCAACGAGGAUCUCCUGAUGAGCACCAUUCCUAUGGCCAAGGAUUUGUACAUCCUGGCCAGGUCUCGCCUGAUUGGACAGAAACGGCCAGGCACGCUCGUCCCCCAUUGGCUGCGGCAGGCCGGUUGCCUGGGGCAACCCCAAGCCCUCUUCCUGUUGGCCGUGGCCUAUCAGGUGGGACUGGGCGUCCCAGCCAAUCAGACGGAGGCGCUGGUGCUGGGCCUGCUGGCGGCCGGCCACGGCUGCCGCCUGGCCCAGGCCCGUCUGGGCUACAAGCACCAGCGGGGCGUGGACGGCCACGCGGGGGACCUGGGGGCGGCCUACGCCUACUACAGCGACGCGGCCAUCACCACGUCGCGCCAGCGACAGGAGCACCACGCAGACCAGGUGUACGUGGAGCUGGUUCGCCUGAACGACGAGGCAGGCUUGAGGGAGCAGACCAGGCCGGACCACGACCUCUUCCUGUGGCUCAAGCACCAGGCGAGACAGGGCGUGGGCGGGGCCCAGCAAACGCUCGGGCGCAUGCUGUACUGGGGCCAGCAGGGGCUGUCGCGCAACGUGGCAGCGGCGGCUCGUUACUACGAGCGCAGCGCCACACAGACACGUGACCCCACCGCCAUGUACGACUACGCCAUUGUGCUGCUCAAGGGUCAGGGAGUGAAACAGAAUCUGACGCUGGCUCGUGAGUACCUGGAGAAGGCCGCUGCAGAGGACCUGCCCCAGGCCCACAAUGCACUGGGCUGGUACCACCAGACCUAUGGCGGCGACUACACCAAGGCAGUGUCCUACUGGCACCGGGCGGACGCUCUGGGCAACCCGGACGCACCGCACAACCUGGGAUACGUCUACUCCAGCGGACUGUACCCCGGCAACGCCUCGCGACAGCACGCCGUAGCGUACGCUCACUACUGGCGCUCGGCACAGCGUGGCCACAUCGACGGAGCCAUCCGCUGUGCGGAAUACUGGGCGCUGGGGAACGGAGAGUCGGCCCCACUCAGCAUGAGCAGUGCAGUCAUAUGGACCCGCUGGGUAGCGGAGCAGAGUGGAGACCUGGGAUCCGUGCUGCGACUCGCCCUAGACGCUUACCUACGUCACGCACAGAGGGAGGCGCUGCUGUUCUACCUGAUGGCUGCGGAGAGCGGAUUUGAGGGAGCCCAGUUCAACGUUGCCUACCUUGCUCAUACCGUACCGGAUGAGCUGCGUAACGUGACGGAGCUGCCGUUGGCGUGGAGAUAUUUCAACCUCUCCUCCCUGGAGGAUAACGCAGCCACUUACUCACGAGUGAGGAUGGGUGACUACCACUACUAUGGACUGGGUAGCGGUGGGAGAGACCUCAAAGCUGCCGCAGAGGCGUACGGAGCAGCAGCACGCACGGGAGACCCAGAGGGCCUCUACAGCCUCGGCUCGCUGCUUGAGGAGCAGGGCGGGGAGGGUCGUGUCCACGUGCCCAGGGCCGUCUGGGACUCUCUGGGGGUGCCACGUGCUGAGCGUCACACGGCCCGCUCGCUCACCAACUACCUCUACACCAGGUGCCGGGACCAUCACAGCGACGAGGCGAUGUUGCCUUGCUCCUUGGCACUCGCCAGGACUCAGCUCCACGACUUCCUCAAACAUCACCAUCACUCGUGCAUGCAGGGAGGGAAUGUGCUGGGCAUUGCUGUGGUUACAGCACUCACAAUCAUCACCCUGGUAGCUAAACUACGCGACUGGGCAGGUACCCAGGCAUCACCUUCCUCUCCGCGUCACGCGGGACUCAACAGAGGCCUCCCAUUGGCCAACGGCUCGGCCAAUCGCGAGCGGCGGCGCUCCGAGAAUUCCCAGGACUUCCCGGAGAAUUCCCAAGACCCGGCCGGCCUCCGCACAGAUGCCCAGCAGCAGCAGCAGCAACAGCAGGGCGAGUCGGGAAUUCCCAAAAUUCCAGAUGAGGGAAUUCCCAGAAUUCCAGAUGAAGGACUUCCCGGAAUUCCAGAUGAGGGAAUUCCCAGAAUUCCAGAUGAAGGAAUUCCCAGAAUUCCAGACGACGAAAUUCCCAGAAACCCAGAGGCCGGAAUUCCCAACAUUUCAGAGGGCGGAAUUCCCGGAAUUCCAGGAGUGAACUCCCAAGAUUCUGGGAAUCCCAUGCGGCAACAAAAUCGGUCCGGGCUGACUGUGGUGGGAGUGCUGACAGGAAUCGUUUCCGGAGUCCUGGUCUGGAUCUGGCUAAUUUAGUGCACGACCGGUACCUGGAGUCAACAAUCCUGGUCCCAUACAGAGUCCCCGUCUCAUCCCAUACAGAACCAUCCCAUACAGAACCAUCCUAUACAGAACCAUCCCAUACAGAACCCUCGUCUCAUCCCAUAGAGAACCAUCCCAUAGAGAACCAUCCCAUAGAGAACCAUCC